GCGCAUGCUCAUGGAAAGAAAAAAAAGACCCGGAUUGAGGGUGAGCAAGGGAAAGAGAUAAACAAAGAGAAAGACAAAGGAGCUCACACACAGAGAGAGAAAAAAGGAAGGAGACAGAGAGAAGAAUCCCCACGGAGCGGCACCGAGCCCAUGGCAGCGAACCAGGAGCCAGUUGUUGUUCAAGAUGGUAAAUCUGUUGAACAAAAUGCAAAUGUUGUCUGUGAAGUCGAUUUUCCAACAAUUCUGCGAAGCAAUGAUGUCAUGGAUCCAUCUGUUGAAUACAACAUGAAUCACCGCAGGCGAGGGAUUGCUUUAAUCUUUAACAAUGAGCGCUUUUUCUGGUAUCUGGGUUUACCUGAAAGAGGAGGAACAAAUGCUGAUAGAUUCAGUCUGGAUAAAAGAUUAAGAGAGCUGGGGUUUGAUGUACGUGUUUAUGAUAACUACAAAGCAUUGGAAGUGUUGCAGAUAAUUCAUGAAGUGGCUACUUCAGAUCAUUCUGAUGCAGACUGCAUUUUGUGUGUCUUUCUUAGUCAUGGAGAGAACAAUCAUGUAUUUGCAUAUGAUGCAAAAAUAAGCUUGCAAGAAAUAACUGAGCGUUUCAGAGGUGACAAAUGCCCUUCUCUGGUUGGAAAGCCUAAAAUAUUUAUUAUUCAGGCCUGCAGAGGAGAUAAGCAUGAUGAGCCAGUGAUGCCCAAGGAUGAAGUAGAUGCAAAUCAGCCUGUGGUGAAUGAAGUGGUUGUUGAUGCAGGAACCAUGCAUACAUUACCUGCUGGUGCAGAUUUCAUUAUGUGCUAUUCAGUAGCUGAAGGUUUCUAUUCUCAUCGAGAAACUGUAAACGGCUCCUGGUACAUCCAGGACUUUUGCACGUUGCUCGAGAAUCAGGGCUCACAGCUCGAGUUCACAGAGUUUCUGACACUGGUGAACAGGAAGGUAUCGGAACGAAGUGUGGAAAGAUGUGCUGAUCGUAAUGCAUUAGGAAAGAAACAAGUCCCUUGCUUUGCCUCAAUGCUUACAAAGAAAUUGUAUUUUAAACCCAAAACUUCAUAAGUUUGGUUUACCUUGGUGUUGCCUUUCCCCCAUCUCCCCUUUUAAAGAAAGUAAAUUCCUAAUUUUAGAACUACCACUAGCAAAAUGAUUCUGUACACAAAUAGGAGUAUUAGGUGUGCACCUCCAAACAAAGUAAUGAACAGUAAGUCUUAAGUUCAACACAUUUUGACCACAAAUACUAUUCUAUUGUGCAAUCCAAAAAAACCUAAAUUAAUUGUAGAAAAAAAGGCUAACCAAAGAUUUCCUUUGUCCAAUCAUGUUUGUGAAAAUGUCCAAUUUUAUUCUAAAUAAUUAAAUCAAAGGUGAAAUUGGUUUUGUCAGGUUAUAGAAUUUUGUAAAUUACUUCUGUGGUUACUUGAGUGAUGAAAAACUGUCUCCUAUACUUCUGAAUUAUUGGGGUGAAGGGUAACGUUUAAAAAGCUACCAUUGUGCUUAUGUAGCUUUGUAUGUACAUUUUAGAAUGCAAAUAAUGACUUAAGAUUUUGUUUACAUCUGGUUUAUUCCAUUAUUUCCAGCAUACAACACCAGCUAUUGAUCAUGUGAACCUUUCAGUAACAUAGGUUCUCCAGAAAAUCAUUGUACAGUGACUUGGUGCUGGACCUCAGGUUAACUUUCUUCUCAGUCUAUUGAGGCUUAUUAAAAACAUUUGUAGAAAAUACUAGAGCCUUGUGGCAACUUUAAACUGGAAGGUUUUCAGGGACUUUUUUUUUUGUUCAAUCAUGUUGUAUGAACUAAAAUGACCAACGAUUUUGAGUAUGGCUGUGAACUUUGUAUGUAUUUUCACUCUUGUUAUGUAAUCUUAAAGUAAAAGUAUUCCAAUUUUAAAUUGA